AUGAUCAAGAUUUCUAAACUAAUACGAUCGAAUGUAUCGACUCUUCUCACCUCGCCCAACAGUGGAGUCGGCCUUCGCCGGGCGAAGGAUGAGGCUUAUGCUUGUCUUGUAUCGAUCGACUCGCCAAGUCUUAGUACAGAUCUCGCCACCAGAAAACCCUUAUUCGCUAGUUGCAUCGUGAUUUCAUUAGCGACCAAUAUCGUAAAUCAUCAAGCCGUGUCAGAAAAUGAGAGUAUGUAUGGCUUGUCUCGGGAAAAGAAAAACGAAAAGAGUAAACACUCCGCCACCCAUUUUAGGCAUCGUCAUUCAUAG